AUGCGAUUCAACACAACAUUCCACUGCAAUCUCAACAUUUUCGCAAGAUCUCCAAGUUUCUCCAUAAGUUUCCGGGAUAAGGAUAAAUAUAGUGCGGCCGAUCCGAUAACCUAUAUUUUUUACCGAAUGUUUGAGACCAACAAAUUUCACGAGGUUUUCGAUGGUGCAAUUCAUAAUGAUGAAUUUGGCUCGAAAAACUAUUGGAUUUAUAUGUGGCUUAGACAUGAUUGUUUCAACGAUGGAAAGUUUCAAAGAUUUUACAUUGGAUUGAGUGAACCUUGCCCUCUUGAUAAAAAUUGUCAUUAUGACAUCAAUCUUGAUUUAACUAAUUAUAUUAACAAACCUUGGGGUUAUUUGGUUAAGAACAGUUAUUUUUAUUGA